ACACUGAACGUACACUACUGCUAUAAGCGGAAAGCCAAACUUUAUCCUCGAGUUUAUCGAUGGAAUUCGAAACGGAGGUUCGGCUGGGCGGGCAUUUCCGCUCAAGGACAUUGCAUCUGGUGGCGAGUGUCUUCAUUGCUCGCUAGGGUUAGGGUUUAGCUUGCUUUAGAGAAGUCAAACGGAAACAAUGGAGCGCCAACCGGAGAAAAGUGGAGAGCAGCCUAUGAAGAAGAUCAAGGUCUCCUUCAAAAUUAUUAAAUCUCUUACCCUGGAAGUUUUGAGCUCCAAUACAAUUGAGAGCAUCAAAGACAAAAUCUGCAAGAUUGAAGGGACUUCAAUCAGCCAGCAAGAGCUCUUUCUAGCUGGGAAUCGUCUUGAAAAUAGCAAGAAACUAUCUGAUUACAUUCCUUCCACUGAUUCCACCAUUGAUGUUCAUGUGGAAGGGAGAAUGCCAAUUUCCAUAAAAAUCCCGUCAAUGGAGAAAGAGUUUAUCCUUCGUCUGAAUUAUAUGGCCACAGUGCAGAAACUGAAAGCUAUGAUUCAAGCUGAAGUGGGAAUUUCUUCAGAUCAGCAGCUACUUGUUUUCUGUGGGAAAGCACUCAAUGAUGAUCAGGUGCUAAUUUCAUAUGGUGUCAUAAAGGAUUCUACUAUUUAUGUAAUAGUGAAUCCAUUAGCUGAGCUUCUUCUCUAUGUCUACACGACCAGCGGCCACAGCUUCAGUCUUGAAGUGAAAGCAGGAAAUACUAUCAAGGAUGUCAAGGUCAUUGUUGAGAGUUUAAUAGGAAUUCCUACAACUCAUCAGAAAAUUUUUCAUAGUGAUGUUGAGCUCAAGGAUAGCUUCACUUUAUCAUUCUACAAUAUAAAGCAGAAAGCUGCUCUUCGUCUGCUUGUUCCAAUGCAAAUAUUUGUCAAAAUUGAAACUGGAAAGACCAUAACUAUCACAACUGAAGCAGGUGAUACAGUUGGCAUUGUCAUCACCAAGAUUGUAAGCAAGAUGGGUUUCAAACGACCAAAUCUAAAGCUCAUGUAUGCUGGGAAGUUGCUUCAGCAGCAGAAUACUCUGGCAUUUUAUGGAAUUCAGAAAGAUUCAACAAUCUAUCAAUCCUGAAUCAACAGUCUGAACACUAGUUUGAUUAACUUCUGAUAUUUUGCCUUAUGCAAAUAUUACUGCUGGUGAAUGAUUUAAAAUGAUUUAGAGUCCAUCUCUAGCCUUCUUGUUUUUGUUGACAGCGGCUUGGCUUGAAUUCAAAUUCUCUGUGAAUUAGUAAAAAUUUAUGAAUGCUGGUGUUGAUACAUUUAUUGAGCCAGAUCAUAUGAAACUUUAGCAUAUUUGGUACUUUGAACCGAUUUCAUUUCAACUCUAACUGAUGUGCUUAAAUGUCAUGUUUCUUCAUGUGUGCUGCCAGACAAGUAAGCUGAAAGCAAACUAUUUACAGGAGGAAUGAUAAUUAAAGCAUUCAGAUGCAAGGCUUGAAACUUGAAAUCAUACCAAGGCUGAUUCUUCUUAUUUUCGUACUUUUGCUCGCCCUAAAGUUCAUGAGGUGAAAGUUUGUUGUUGUAUAGGCAAAUAUCCUUUUCCAAUCAGAGUAGUUGAUAUUUAUGCAUGACCUUAUU